AUGCCCAUGCUAAUCUGCGCCAUCACAUUCUUCAAUUUAUCGCCAUCUGCUUUUUGUUUUCGCCGACUCGAAGAAGCCAUUCGGAUCUGGAGAAACCUUCAAUUCCUCAUCAAUACCCUCAUGAUGGCGCAACAAGCCAUCCACAGUAAGGAUGCCUCCCCUCCGGAGGAAGCUCCUGUGUCGGAAUCUGGGGGGUUCCAUGUGGUUUUCAAGAAUCCGUAUUUGUUUGGGGUCGCCUUGCUAAUUUUGCUCCAGUUCACCUCUCUCGGUGGCCUGCUCUUUGGUUAUGAUCAAGGCGUUGUCUCAGGAGUACUCACAAUGGAGUCUUUUGGAGCAUUAUUCCCCAGGAUAUAUUCAGAUAGUAGUUUUAAAGGAUGGUUUGUGUCAACGCUGUUGUUGGCUGCAUGGCUCGGUUCAUUGGUGAAUGGUCCUUUCGCAGACUAUAUUGGCAGGAAAUUGUCCAUUAUCGUGGCUGUUGUUGUUUUCUUAGUGGGUUCCGCCAUUCAAGCCGGAGCUGUCAAUCUAGAGAUGCUUUUUGUAGUAUCUAUUACCGUGGGUAUUCUCCUCAGCUAUUGGAUUGAUUACGGCACAAAUUAUAUUGGCGGCUCGCGAUGUGCUCCCAACAUCCCACACUCAGGCGGGACCCCCAGCUCUCCUGCUUUUGAUCCAUAUAAUGAUGUAGGUCCAAACGGCUGCGACGGCCAGUCUGAUGCUUCUUGGAGGAUUCCAUUCGCCCUUCAAAUCAUUCCUGCCAUUAUCUUGGGAGCCGGUAUGAUAUUAUUCCCUGAUUCUCCCCGAUGGCUACUCAUGAAAGACCGUGACGAGGAUGCACUUGCAACCUUGGGGAAACUUCGACGGCAGCCGACAGAUGACCCAACCUUGGUGGCUGAGUAUUUGGAAAUCAAGGCUUCUGUGAUCGUUGAAAACACAUUUGCUGCGCAGAAAUAUGCUGGUAUGAGCGGCGCAAAGCUGCAUGCGGCCCAGUAUUACUCCCUUGUAAGCACCUGGCCGAGAUUUGAGCGUCUGUCGAUUGGAUGCUGUGUUAUGUUCUUCCAGCAAUUUAUGGGGUGCAACGCAAUGAUCUACUAUGCCCCUACGAUCUUCAGUCAGCUAGGACUGGAUGGAAACACGACCUCACUCCUUGCGACGGGCGUCUACGGAAUUGUCAACUGCCUCAGCACCCUCCCGGCUCUCUUUUGGAUCGACAAGGUUGGCCGCAGGGUUCUUCUCAUGUGCGGUGCCACAGGGACCUGCAUUUCGCUUGUCAUCGUAGGAGCCAUUAUUGGCAAAUACGGAUCGGCUCUUGUUGACCAUGCGGAUGCCGGCUGGGCGGGCAUUGCAUUUAUAUACAUCUACGAUAUCAAUUUUUCUUAUUCAUUUGCACCAAUCGGUUGGGUCCUCCCUUCCGAAAUCUUCAAUCUCUCCAUCCGUUCAAAGGCAAUCUCGAUAACCACCUCGACAACCUGGAUGUGUAAUUUCAUCAUCGGUCUCGUUACCCCGGACAUGCUCGAAAGCAUAACUUGGGGUACAUAUAUAUUCUUUGCCGCUUUCUGUAUGCUUGCAUUGGCAUUCACGUUCUUCUUCGUCCCUGAAACGCGAGGGAAGCAUGUCUACUUGUCACCUGUCAAGCCCAUCUGGAGUGCAUCUCCAAAAGUGCCAUCUGAUAUUUUGUGA